CUUAGUCAAAACAUAUGUCGUCUCUACAUGGUUGCUGUUGGGAUGUUACUAGUUUGAUGCGGGUGGUGGUGGGUUGCUUCAUUGUAGUUUAGCGGAUGUACGUUACGACAUAGGUGCAUCAACUGUAAUUACUGUUCUCCUUGUUUUAGUUGGAAGUGCGAUCCUUCGAACUUUUAAGUCUGGAGACCGUGUCAAGUCCAGUACAUCAAGUUACACUGAAGAAACUAAAUGUAAAACGCGCAAAUGCUUCCUUCAGAGAUAUAAUGGAUCAGAAGAUUCCAUAUGACGAUUACCAACUGCCUGUUGUCUUCCUGCCUUCCUAUGAGAACCCACCAGCCUGGAUCCCACCACAAGAGCGGGUUCAUCAUCCAGACUACAACAAUGAGCUCGCUCAGUUUCUUCCUCGCUCCAUCGUCCUGAAGAAACCCCCCGGUGCCCAGUUGGGCUUUAACAUCCGCGGGGGCAAGGCGUCUCAGCUCGGGAUCUUCAUAUCCAAGGUGGUUCCAGACUCAGACGCUCACAGAGCGGGACUGCAGGAGGGAGAUCAGGUCCUCUCUGUCAAUGAUGUAGACUUCCAAGACAUUGAGCACUCCAGAGCCGUGGAGAUCCUGAAGACCGCUAGAGAAAUUCUGAUGAGAGUCCGCUUCUUUCCUUACAACUACCAAAGGCAGAAGGAGCGGACCGUCCACUAGAUGGCAGCAUCAUCCUCUCAUAGCGCGGCGGACAGCCGCAUCGCCGCGCGUCAUCGCUCUCCUCCCACACUCCUGCGUCCAUUCUGUCGUUUAACCUUCACUGUGAUUGGUGAUGACUAACACCGUCAGUCGCAAAAUAUUUCACAGGAAGUGAUGCAGGAUAUGAAUUGACAGACUGUUUACACUGGUUUGCUAUUUAUUGAAUAAUAAUAUUGGGAUCCAUUGUAAUGGAUUCAAUGAAAUGGCCUGCUUUUGCUGCACAGCACUGUGAGUCACAUCAGAGUUUAUUGGUCUCAAUCUCCACACUAAGUUUUGCCGCUCCCAGUUCUCAUCGGUGGAAUGAGUUUUCAACACAUCGUUGCCAUGGAAACCUUCUCUAACUCCGGCUGCAAACAGUAUGAUGAUUAUCCACAGCUUUCGCCGGAACUUCCUCGCUGAUCUUCCUUCUACACACACACACACAGCUCUUUAUUAGUCUAAGGUUCCAUCUUUGUCCGCUGAGAUUUACAGUACGUGAUGAACGCUCUUACUCAGAUCAUGUAUCAGAACUCUGACAUUUGACCUGUUAAACUAUGACAAGGACCAUUGGUGUAUUCACCUUUUAUAGAGGAAAUUGUGUUAUUGAUUUAGACAACCAUUAUUUUAUCCAUAACAAAACUCUGAACUAAACAUGUUUAUAUGAAAAAUGUGAGUGAAUAUGCGGUGACAUGUAAAUGUCUCGACUCUACAUGUUGACAAGAAAGCGAGUGGUGUCAUGCUUUGUAAAGAUUUUUUUUGUAUUUUAACCAAUAAAUAUUUGGACAAUUGUGCAGUCACGUGUGAAAC